GAGUCUCGUUCAGGAACAUCGGUGGGCAGGCCACGGACUCUCCCGCCAGCACGUGUCAGCCGGGGCUCGUCGGUGUCCCAAAGGAGCCUCAGCUUAAUAAUUACAGACGCAAAUGUUCCACGGUGGCCUCAUUACAAGGGGUCUCCCUCCUCUUUUCAUCGCUGUGCAACAAGGUCGGGGGCUGCUGAGGGCUCCAAACUGCAGCAGGAAACACCCCUGGCGAAUAGAAAUCUGUCCUGGCCCCACGCCCGAUGCCACCAUGAACAACUGCCUGCACACCUCCAGCAAUGUCACCCUCCUGACGUCCUCGGUCUCCAGCAUGACCGGAAUCGUUUUCCUUCUCCUGGCCGCUCUGAUCGGACUGCCGGGCAACCUCUUUGUGGUGUGGAGUAUCCUGUGGAAGAUGAAACCCAGCAGCCGUUCGGUCACCUGCCUGCUGGUCCUCAACCUGGCCAUGGCUGAUGGAGCCGUCCUCCUGCUCACGCCCUUCUUCAUCCUCUUCCUCACUUUUAAGACCUGGUUCUUCAGCCUCGCCGUCUGCAAAGGCGUCUACUACCUCUGUUGUGUCAACAUGUAUGCCAGCAUCUUCAUCAUCAUGCUCAUGAGCGUGGACCGCUGCUUGGCCGUCAGCCGGCCCUACCUCUCCCAAGCCAUCCGCAAGAAGCGCCUGGUGGUCAAGAUCUUGGCCGCCCUCUGGGCAGCGGCCAUCUUGUUGGCCGUCCCGGCCUUUGUGUAUCGCCAGCUGCUGUCGGACCCAUCCGGGUGGCAGAUCUGUGAGCCGUGCCAUGCCACGCCGGGCCUGGCUGUCUUCCACUUCACCAUGGAGACAGUGGUGGCCUUUGUGGUGCCCUUUGCAGUCAUUGUGGGCUGCUACUCCACCAUCUUGGUGCGGCUGCGGGGGCGGCGGUGGCACCGCCGGGGAGCACGGACAGGGAAGCUCAUCGCCGCCGUGGUGCUCUGCUUUGCCGCCCUCUGGGUGCCCUACCACGUGGUCAAUGUGCUGCAGGUGGCCUCCAACAUAGCCUCGGGGAGGGCAGCGGAGAUCCUGGGCCAGGCGUGGAAGGCUGGCCGGGCGGGGGCCACCGCCCUGGCCUUCCUCAGCAGCAGCAUUAACCCCGUCCUCUACGUCUUCGCCGCCGGGGAUCUGAUCAAGACCUCAGGGGCCAAGUUCAUUGCCCAGUUCUUCGAGGGGGCCUCCGGGGAGGUGCACAAGAAGUCGCCCUCCCAGAGGGACCUGGACAAGGACACAGUGGCAGGGGAGGGCGUGGAGAUAGGGCAGCUGCAGGCAGGAGGGGAGGGGGCCAAGCAGGAUGGGUCCGUGGGGCAAUUGACACCCCCUGGACAGGGUCCAUACCAAGCUGCAUCCCCUUAGCCCUCACUGAUGCAGUACUACUUGUUUACUGCCCUUGUGGGUGCUUUCCCUUUAAGGGUGGAGUUUCUGUCUGCCAACAUGGUUUCUCAUGGAUACUUGCUCUUUAAGAGCAGUGUUUUACUGUCAGACUCCUGCUCAUGGACACUUUCCCUUUAAGAGCAGGUCCUUAUGGACACCUCCCCUUUAAUUUGCUCUUAAAGGAGAGUUUCUCGCUGCCAAACAUUUCUCACUGCCAGAUUCUGGUCUUUUUGGAUUCUUCCCCUUUAAGAGCAGAGUUUCUCACUGCCAGACUUUGGUCCUCCUGGACACUACCCCUUUAAUUUGCUCUUAAAGGGGAAUUUUUCAUUGCCAAACAUUUCUCUCUGCCAGAUUCUGGUCCUCAUAGGUGCUUCCCCUUUAAUUUGCUCUUAAAGGGGAAUUUCUUACUGCCAAACACUGCUGCCUUGCAUUCUUGUGCCCCUCCUGUGUCAUGGGACACACCCUUCACAGGUGCAGUUUAUCCCUGCCAGACUCCAUCCAGCAUGGAGACUUGUCCUUUAAGAGUGGACUUUCUCAUUGCCAGACUCUGAUCCUUAGGGAAACAUCCCCUUUAAGGAUACUGUUUCUCACUGCCAGAGUCCAAAUUUCAGGGUUAUUUUCCCUUCAAAGGGCAUUUAAAGGGGAAUGUCUUCGUGCUGGACUCCCAUUCCCAUGCUGUAUUAAUGGGAGCAAACUGCUGUCUCCUUGUGGUGAAAUGUGGGCAUUGCGAUUCCAGGUCAUAAACUAGAAAGACAUAGGAACUGCCCUGAUCCCAGACGGGCCCCAUUGCCCCGCCGGGUGGGGCCCAGAGCACACGCCGCUGUCCCUUGCCCCAUGGACUCAUACGGUUACCAAUUGUAGGUGCCGUGAAUACAGAGCAGCACCAGAUCUGCCCAAUAACCGCCUCUUAUCUCACAGGCAGUGCAGAAGACAGGCCAGACCAGCUCCUCACCUGAUGUAAUACAAAGGUUGUUAUAUAGGUAGCACUACCCAGUCGAUGUUCCUGGGGUCUAUCCCCGGCUCUGGGAGGGCAGUGGUGUCUAGUGGUUAGAGCAGGGGGGCUGGGUGCCAGGAUUCCUGGGUUCUAUCCCUGACUCUGCCACUGAUCUGCCAUGAGUCCUUAGGUAAGAAACUUCCUCACUCUGUGCCUCAGUUUCUCCUCCCAUCCCUUGUCCAUUUAGUUUGUAAAUAAGGCAGGGGUUGGCUGUCAUUCUGAGUCUGAGCAGCACCCGACACAAAGGAGGGCCCCUGAUCUUGGCCGGGGUCUGUGCAGCACCUGACACAAUCUGGGCCCCAAUCUCGGCCGGGCUCUGUGCAGCACCUGACACAAUCUGGGCCCCGAUCUCGGCCGGGCUCUGUGCAGCACCUGACACAAUCUGGGCCUCGAUCUCGGCCGGGCUCUGUGCAGCACCUGACACAAUCUGGGCCCCGAUCUCGGCCGGGCUCUGUGCAGCACCUGACACAAUCUGGGCCUCGAUCUCGGUCAGGGUCUGUGCAGCACCUGACACACCAGGGAGGCCUGAUCUGACUCAGGUUUAUGCUGGUAGUACUAAAAAUAUCAUCCUUUGAAUUCGUGGCCUGAUACCAUCUUGUCUCUCAACCGCAGGGCAACAAGAUCUUUGCUCAAAAAACACCCGCAUGAGGCGAUGGGUUGAGGGUUACAUACCAUCAAACUCAUUCUUUAGUCGGUAGAUCUGUAGAUAAAUCAAUCGUUGGUUUGUUAACAGCCCAUGACUAUGUUACAUGGAACUAGUUGCAAUAAACCACAUCAUAGGUGUGGAAAAUUCA